AUGAUAGAAGAUGGAGGAGGUUGCGAUGCUAUUUUGGGAGUGAAUGAGGUUGAUGUGCACGAUCGCGACCUUGGGUUGCCUAUAGUGAUUGGUCAAUCUAAGAAGAUUGAUAAAAUCUUACAUAUAUUUUCUUUUGGAUCUUUAAAUCAUAAUCCUACAUAUACAAUGUCUCGUUGUGCGGCUUGCAAAUAUUUGAGGAAAAGAUGUCCCUCAGAUUGUAUUUUCUCUCCUUAUUUCCCAUCAGAUGAUCCUCAAAGAUUUGAAAAUGUCCACAGAAUCUAUGGUGCAAGCAAUAUUGCCAGAAUGCUCCAGAAAAUUCCAGUACACUUGAGGGAAGAUGCUGCUAAUACGUUACACUAUGAGGCUUAUUGCCGAGUUAGAGAUCCAGUAUAUGGUUGUGUUAAGACCAUUUAUCAAUUACAGCAAGAGUUAAAUGCGGCUCAAAUCCAACUGGCUAAGACUCAAACUGAGAUUGCAUUGGUGCACAAUAUUUAUGGGCCACCAGAAGAGCCUUGUACUGAAGAAGAUUGUUAUUCCUCCAGCUUUGAAAACUACAGUACUCAGCCCAACAGUAUUGGGCUUCUGUCAUUUCAUCCAUCUAUGGGCCAUGUAUUGAUGUAG